AUGGCUUCCAGUAGUGGUAGUACUUCCAAGUCUGAUGAUCGGCAGCAUUAUCGAGACAGAGAAGCAGCCCAGGAAAAGCAAAGUGGUGAGUCAUCAUCGUCAUCAAGCUCGAAGCAAAUAAAGUAUAUACCAUUUGUUGUUGUAGGCAUAAUUGUGGUGAUGAGUGCAGCUAUGGGGAUGAUUUGGGCAGUGGUGAAACCCAAACGCCCUGUUUAUGCUAUGGAAUACGCUCAUAUUGAAAAUGUGACACUAUUCCCCAACCCUAUGCCCACAUCUCUCAUUGGCAACUUUAGCUUUGUGAUGAGGGCCUAUAAUCCCAACAAGAAUUCCACCAUUUUCUACGAAUCCAUGAAGAUUUUUAACACUACUGACAGUGGAAAUGAAAGUGCUACUCCUUUUAGGCUUGUAAAGAAUUUCUGUCAACCUGCUUUCAAUGUGACUCGGAUUCCUUUCAAAGUUCCGGUACAGACCUCGAGCGGGCCUGAUGAUAAUAUGCUUGGGUACCUACAGCACGGCAGAAUCACAAUGAACAUUUCGGUCGAGGCGAAGAUGAUAUUUAAGUAUAGAUUGUGGACAUUUAUGCCUCGCACUAUUAAGAUUUAUUGUCAGCCUGCGGCUGUAUUUCUGGGAAACAAUUCUCAGCCCAGCGAUUGCUACAUUAAUUUUUAA